AUGAAUAAUAUUACUGAGAAUGGAGGAGCAAUUAAUAAACAAUCUUUUAAUAACCAUAUUUUGUCUUCUUUUACUCAAAAUGAUAUUUUAUUUAUUAAGACACCAAUAAUGAAUUCACCAUCAUCACAAACAUCAUCAACCUCUUCAUCAACCACACAACCAAAUGAAUCGAGAUAUAAUAUUUUUGAUAAUCAAAAAAAUAAUAAUAAACAAAUAUCUCAAGAGGUUCCUACUUUUAAAAAUAUUGUUGACAACAAUGAUUUAUAUCAAUCACCAUUUCAAUCAAAAUUUCAAAAUCAAGAACAAUCAACAAAUAUUUAUAGCAAUUCUGAAGGAUCAAGUAGAAUUACAUCAGAAAAUAAUAAUAGGAAUUUAUUAAAUAUUUUUAAAAGUGAAAAUAAUAAUAAUAAUAAUUGUAAUAUUGAAUCAAUUAAUAAAUCAUUAGAAUCAAAUAUUAAAAAAGGAAUAAAAAUACCUGUCGGUGAAAAAACAAUCAAUCAGUUAAUAUUGGAUUUAUAUGAAAAUGAUAAAAGAGAAGAAACUCUAUCAGAGAUUAUCAAAAGAAAGGAUUCCAUUCCAAAUCUACAUUUAUAUAUUUCUUAUUCUCCAAUGAUAAUGACAAUUCUUCUUCAAGAGGUACUGAGUAUCUAUCGAUAUAUACUUCCUCCCAAUCAAAAGUUAAAAGCUAGAUCUUCCAAUCGGGUUUGUAAUACAUUGGCCUUACUACAAUUAGUAGCAUCAAAUUUAGAGUCAAGAUCGAUAUUAAUUAAAUCAAGAAUAAUAGUUUAUUUAUUUCCAUUUUUAAAGACCGGAUCACGAAACAAACCUUUUGAAUAUCUAAGAUUAUCAACACUCAAUGUAAUUAGCGCUCUUAUCAAGGUUGAGAUUAGAGAUGUUAUCAAGUUAUUGCUUGAUUCCGAUUUAAUAUCAAGUUGUUUGAAAAUUAUGGAGACAUGUAGUGAGCUUUCAAAAACAGUUUCAACAUUUAUAUUACAAAAAAUAUUGAAUGAAGAUGAAGGUUUGAAUUAUUUCUGUCAAUCACCAACUAGAUUACAACAGAUAUUUCAUUCUUUGAAUUCAAUGAUAGAAGCAAUGUUACCAGACCACAUGUCGUCUCGACUUCUCAAGCAUAUUGUAAGGUGUUACCUAAGAUUGAGUGAUAACCUAAAGGCAAGAGACAUGCUUUCAAAAUCUAUCAUGCCCGAGUGUUUCUCGAAUGGUCAGUUGAAUGACUUUUUAAAUCAAGAGGGUGAUAUGAUUGUAAAGCGAUGGUAUCAUCAACUUAUGACAAAUGUUUUCCCACAACAACAACAACAACAACCACCUAGAAGAAGUCCAUUCAAUCAACAACAGCAACAACAACAACAACAACAACAAUAUAAUAAUAAUAGAAGAGGUUUUAAUCGUAAAUAA